UGCUCUGACGCCUCCCACCAAAACCAGCUGUCCUUUUUGUUUAAUAUGCAUUUCCUCGACCUGGUUUCUGAGUGCCAAGAAGAAAUGUUGAAGGACAGAGUCUUCAUUUCCUGAGCCUGGAAAACAAAAUGACAGCAGAUAAUUCCAGUGUAAAGGAUUCUUUCAGAGAUGGCUGCCAGGAGAGAAUUACUCAUUUUAAAAAAGACGAGUUCGAAAAUGACUGGGAGAAAGUGGCCGAGCGCAAGUUUGGUCGAGUCUAUAAGGUGAAGCUGAAAGUCUGGCGGGAAACGUGUGCCCUAAAGACUACAACCAAUGAUGAUUACAGGAACAUGAUAGAGAUGUCCAAAAUUGGAAGAAUGAAGUUCAAUUAUUUAAUCUCCAUUUAUGGAAUAAGCAAAGAUCCGCCUGCUUUAGUGAUGGAAUAUAUGAGAAAGGGAUCCUUGGAUAACCUUCUCAGCAAUUAUUUCUUAAUGUGGCCCAAGAAGUUCCAAAUGAUCCAUGAGAUGACGAUGGGCAUGAAUUUUCUGCACAGCAUGAAACCGCCCAUCCUUCAUUUAAACUUGAAACCAGCUAACAUUCUUCUUGAUGAUCAUCUUCACGUAAAGAUUUCAGAUUUUGGCCUCAUUAAAUGGGAGGAGUUCUCUAGUAAGACUGAGUUUAUUGAACACCUGACAGCUCGAGGGAACAUAAACUAUGUGCCUCCAGAGACCUUUACCCAGAAUCCUGAACCUCCCGGAACGAAGUAUGACGUGUACAGCAUUUCUAUUAUUAUGUGGGAAAUUCUCACUCAACAGCGCUCGUAUCAAGGUUUGACUAUGACAGAAAUAUUAAUCAAAGUGUCAUCUGGCAAAAGGCCUGGUAUAGAGAAGAUCCCUGAAGUCAAGCCCCCUGAGUGCGAGGACAUGAUCGGUGUCAUGCAGCAAUGCUGGCACCAAGACUGCAGCCGGCGACCUGCUUUCUGUGAGAUCGUUCGGGUAACUGAAGUCCUCAGUGAAGUCUUGAAAAUACCAGAGACGGUUUCAGGGGGUGAGAUAAGAAAGCGUCUGCCUGAACAGGUAUUGAACCCAAAGAAAACAGCUGACGCUUCAGAUGAUUCUAGCAUUCACUCUCUGCUUAUAAGAAAAGACUUUGAGAGCUUUAAGAAUGUUCUGCAAAAAGAGGAUGUAUCGACGCUCUUCCAAGACAACAACACUCUCCUUCAUCACACCGUUGCAAGCGGGGACAAAGAAAGCGUGCGGAUGGUCCUCGAUCUAGGAGCCUCUGUGAACUGCCAGAGUGUAAAAGGCUACACCCCACUCAUUGUUGCAGUUCUCCACAAGUUUUACGACAUCUACAGCUUGCUGACAGAGCGCGGGGCUGACGUCAACCUCAGCGAUGGCGACCAGUGGACUGCCCUGCAUUUUGCCGUACAGACUGGCGAUGACAGAGCCGCUCGCCUUUUGUUGGAAAAUAAGGCGAGAGCCUGUGCCAAGGAGAAGGACGGCUGGACGCCUCUGCAUCUAGCUGCUCAGAAUGGCCACGAGAACAUUGUGAGAAUCUUGUUCCCGCGUCUGGAUGCCGUGGAUGAGCAGGAGCACCAGUCUGGGCGUACGCCACUUCACGUGGCUUGCAUGUACGGACAUUUAGAGAUCGUCAAGCUCUUGCUCAAAAAGGGAGCUGAUGUCAACAAACAGGAUAACCUUCAGUCCAGUUCCCUACACUUAGCGGCAGAUGAGGGGCACUUCAGGGUGGUCCGUUUGCUGGUUAAUAGUGGGGCUGAUCUGAAAACAGUCGAUAAGCAAAGCUACAGUCCCCUUCAUUUUGCCGCUCUGAAGGGUCACACGGGUAUCUGCAGACUUCUAUUGAGUAACGGACUCGAGCCCAACAUCAGAACCUAUCAAAAUUGGACAGCCAUGCACCUGGCAGCCUUGAAAGGCCAUCCGGAGACUAUCCUUGUGUUGGAAGAGCACCAUGGCUUAGUCAACGUCCAAGGGAAAGACGGCUGGACGCCUCUGCACCUUGCCUGCCAUCAUGGACAGGAGGGGGUGGUGAUGGUGCUGCUAACAGCAGGUGCUGACCCUAACCUGGCCGAGGAUAACGGCUGGACACCCCUCCACUUAGCCUGUAAUAUUAGCUGCUUCCCUAGUGUGCUGCAGCUGAUAUCCCAUCAAGCCAAUGUGAACGCACAGAAUAACAGCCAGUCAACUCCGUUGCAUUUAGCCGUCCAGCUCAGCAACAUCCCCAUCAUCAAAGCCCUGCUGAUGAAUAAUGCACAGCGGGGUAUAAAGGACUCGAAAGGAUGUACCGCUUUAACCUUGGCUCAGCGGUGCAACAAUACAGAAGCUGUGGAGCUACUGAACAGCUAGCACACUGGUUGAGACUCUGGCGGAGAGCGAGCCGUGUUCAGUGACAGAUAACUCUACCAUUAGAGGGAGUCCAGCAUUGAUUUCUGCUAUCGAUUUCCCUCCUCCUGCAAAGCCUGUUCUUAUAAACACUCUCGCUGUUGUUUUGAUUUAGAUUCCUAGAAUUUAACGCCUUUGUUUUGGUUUGGUUUGGAGCUCAGGUGUGUUCUGGGAAUGGAAGUGUUAUGAAUGAAGGAUUUUGACUAGCAGCAUGUAGUGAAAGUCAACAAAAUCAUAAUUGCGUCAGUUUAUUUAUAGUGAAUAAUUCAUCAGAGCAUUUUAUUCCUACAAAAUCAGUUGUUUGUUUGUUUGUAAUAUUUAAUCAAAACAUAAUAACUUGCUCCAUCCCUGAAACUACUUUCCUUGUCUGUUGAUGACACUUUGUGGACCUUACAUAACCAAAUAUAACCUAUAGUUUGCACAGGUUAUUGAAUAAUGUUAAAGGGAUAGUUUACUCAAAAAUGAAAAUUCUGUCAUCAUUUACAGUCCCUUAUGUUGUUCCAAACCUGUACGAUGUACUUUCUUCUGCGGAAAACAAAAUAAGAUAUUUUGAAGAAUGUUGGUAACCAAACAGUUUUGGUCACAAGUGACUUCCAUUGUAUGGACAAAAAAAAUCUCGAAAUAUAUUCUCUUAUGUUCCACAGAAGAAAGAAAACCAUGCAUGAUUGUAACAUGAGGGAGAGAAAUUUUUGAGUGAACAAUCCCUUUAACUACGUAGCCAGAUUGCAAUACCUUUAUCAAACUCACAUCAGUCUGGCUCCAUUCUGGUCUGUAACACCCACAUUUUUUCACAAUCUAUUUGCACACUUUGUUUUUGUGCUGAAUAUCCCAUUCAACUUUAAAACACAUCAUAUUAGAGGAAUACAAUAAGUUGUAAAUUAAUGCACAGUAAAACAAAAGAGAGAAAAAAG